AUAGAAUUCCAAAGAUAUGGUUACACGAAAAAGAAAACGGAAAAGAGGUACAUUUCGCAAACGAAAGGAGAACAAGAUAUUGCAUGACCUCCAACCCAGUAACCUUGCAACGAGUCGACCCGCGAGUAUCAAAUCUCUUAUAAUUAUAGAGAUUUUAUAUAUUGAUUCGUGAAAAAUUUUUUUCUCCUACUUUUUUCUCUUUUAUUUAUUUAUUUUUCAUAUUAAAUUCAUUUAUCAAACAAACAACACACAAUGCAGAACAACAAUUGACUUCCUUCCUUCCUUAAGUUAGUGUAAAUCACUCAUUUCCAUCUCUUAACAAAAGAACAAUCACAACUUCCAUCAUCCAUCUCAAUACCCACAUCAGUUUCUUUUUUGCAAUUCAGAUGAACAAUCUCUAAACUACAUCCGUAUUUUUCUCUGUUCUUAUGUUCUCAAACUCUAAAAUGCAUUAAAAAGAAAUCCUUUCUUGCACGGUUUGUUCAUGUAUUAUCAAAUUCUAAAAUUUUCUCACUUAGAAAUUCUCAAACGCAAUCGACAGAUUGACAAUUUGACGAACAUCGACAAACACAUAAAUAUGUUCAAUGAAAGAAAACACAUUUAAAAAACCACACCAGAUCUCGAGUCUGAAAAUCUCCACAAUAAUUUGCUUGAUCAUCAAAUUUUUUGCUAUUCUCUCUCCUUCUUCUGCACAACCAAUUUCAAUUCCACCAAAUGUAGCUCCAUCCACACAAUCACAAUCCAACGAACCAAUUGAGAUCCAACUAGCAUGCAAUGCAACAAGACAUCGAAAAUAUUGCAUAUCAUCAUUGAAUCAGCCAAAUCUCGUCCCAUCGAACCCAACCUCAAGUCAAAUCAUCCAAUCCACCAUAGGGUUAUCCUCCACAACCCUCAACUUCACACAUUCGAAGUUAAAAGCUUUGCUAAGCAAGGCACAAGGAAACCAAAACAUAACCCACACGGCCGAAAUAUGUCUGGAGGUGCUCAAUUGCUCGAGGUAUCGUUUGUCUUCAUCCAACGAUUCAUUCUCAUAUGAUUCUGGAAAGAUCAAGGAUGCUCGAGCAUGGAUGAGCGCCGCAUUGUCUUACCAGUACGAUUGUUACGGAGGAUUGAAGUACUAUGCAAGUAACUACUCCCAAUUAACAAAUGAGCCCAUGUUGUGCUUGACCAAUCUGAUCAACUACACUAGCAAUGCCCUAGCAAUGGUGGUUUCUUAUGAUAUAUUCGGGGGUGAUAUGAGUCUAUGGAGGCGCCCAGAGACCGAGCGAGAUGGGUUUUGGGAAAACCCUAAACAUGAGCCUGAGUUCAGAAGUGAGUUCCCAACUAAAUACUUGGUCAUUGAUGUUGUAGUUUGUAAAGAGGGAAGUAGUGAUGAUGGUUCAAAUGAGCAAUGUCGUUAUAAGAAGGUCCAAGAAGCCGUCGAUGCUGCUCCAAGCAAUGUGAUUGACAAGAAGUUUGUGAUCCAUAUAAAGGAAGGGGUGUAUGACGAAGUUGUUAGGAUCCCAUUCGAGAAGAAAAAUGUUGUGUUUUUGGGUGACGGUAAGGGCAAAACCAUCAUCACGGGAUCUUUAGGUGUUGCUCAUCAACCUGGGAUUACCACAUAUGAUUCAGCCACUGUCUCUGUUCUUGGUGAUGGGUUCAUGGCCACAAACCUCACGAUCCAGAACACAGCAGGAGCCCCAGAGCACCAAGCAGUGGCUUUUAGAUCAGAUAGUGACCAAUCCAUGAUCGACAACUGUGAGUUCCUAGGCCACCAAGACACAUUAUACGCACACUCACUUCGACAGUACUACAAAUCAUGUCGAAUCACAGGGAAUGUGGACUUCAUCUUUGGCAAUGCAGCAGCUGUGUUCGAAGAUUGCCUCAUCCAGCUUAACCCUAAGCUAGACAACCCUGAAAGUGGCGGAGAUAAUUCAGUCACAGCACAAGGAAGAACAGAGCCAGUCCAAUCAACAGGUUUUGUGUUCCAAAACUGCACAAUCAAUGGUACUGAAGAGUACAUGGCAUUGUUCAAGAGCAACCCUAAAGUGCAUAGGAAUUACUUGGGGAGGCCAUGGAAGGAGUACUCAAGAACAGUGUUUAUAAACUGUGGAAUGGGAGAUGUGGUAGCUCCAGGAGGGUGGAUGCCAUGGGAUGGUGAUUUUGGAUUGGACACUCUUUACUAUGGUGAGUUUGGGAAUUUUGGAGAUGGAUGUAGGAAAUCAGAAAGAGUGAAAUGGAGUAGUCAACUUCCUAAAGAACAUGUAAAUGCAUAUUCUUUAACAAAUUUCAUUCAAGGUGAUAAGUGGAUUCCUAAAAGUUCUUUGUAAUAGCUUUUAAUUUGUACCAAAGAAAAUGAAAAUUAAAUAAUUAUUAGAAGUGUUUUUUAUUUUUCCUUUUCGCAUUCUCGAUAUAUAACUUUUCCAAGAAUAUUCAUGUAUAACAAAAGUGUGAACCAAAAUUAGAGAUCCUUAAUGAAGUUAAGAGUGCUUG